AUGCAUAUAAACUCAACGGUUCCUGCUUGGCCGCCGCAGCACGUUCCCGCGCCUACGGCUGCCUCACGACCGUCGGACUGCAUUCUGCUUAUCGACACCCCAGCACUGCCAGCACCUGCCAUUCCUGCUCAUCUGCUGCACCCACACAUGACGCCUGCUCCACAGCCACAGGCUACGCAACUCUCCACGGACAUCUUACAACCACUCAGGUAUAAUGCAGCCGCGUCUCCCGCGCCGCGCACCAUCCUGGCUCCUGUUCAUCUUCUGCACGUUUUCCCGACGGUUUUAACCGUCUCUGCUGCGUCGGUUUCAACCGCGCCCGCUACACUCCCGAACUCGUUGUUAACAGCUCCGGCAUGCCUACCGCCCGCACUCGCAGCGGCACCGGCCACCCCACCCGCGCCGGUCCACGACGUUUUAUCGACUUCCGCACCGGGUUCUUUUGCUUGGCAAACACCGGUUGCAUGCUCACCAGUCCGAACUGCACCUGUUUCCACGGUAGUGGAGAGUCUUCCGCACCCACCCUUGCCCCCACCAGCCGGGGUCCCAGAAACUGUACCUGCCUACACUAUAGAACCGAACUCACAUGUCAAGACUGAACUCUCUUCUUGCACCCCUGCUGCUUGUAAAUCGUGGAGUUUUGUCCCUAAUAACCAGAUUAGUACAGCUACUGUGUACCAGUCUCCUGGUGCCUACAAUCCCUAUUUGGCACCACUCUACACUGCUACACCAUCUGCACCUCCAAGUAGUCAUUCGAGUCCAGCAUCCGCCGCCCCCACGCAUUAUGCAGUAAUAGAAGCCAAGCCUGGCCGCGCCAGGACACACGCCACACUGUCAGCACAAGCAAUGGCUCCGCCACCCUGUGGUCACCCAACUGCACCACCUACUUUUAUGUUGCCGCACCAAAGGUCACCGGAGACGGCCAAGUGA